AUGGGUAUGCUAAGCAGAUCACAUCGUAUCUUUCAGUCUGUAAAUGUCAUCAACAAGGUAUUACUGUGAUGUUACUGUAGUUGUUGUACCGACAGUUGUUGUUUUGUUUUCUAUUUUAUUAUUUUUUGUGUUUUUAAAAUUUUUUAAAACUAAAAAAACAAUUAAAUUUGACUUUGAAGUAUUCAGAACAUUAUUGUAGGCUUCUCCUGUUAUCGUACACUUGUUGAUGAUAGUUGGAGUGGCAUUAUAUGCGGUCUUUGGAGCUUUGAUAAUGCAGCGACUAGAAACAAAACGAGUAGAUGAACACACACGACACCAUCGCAUGCUCAAUAUACUCGAAAAUAAAGAGAACACUACUGUAGCUCCAAAUAUGUCAGGUAAGUUUUAAAAUUUUAAAAUUAAAAAUUUUUAUAUUUUUUAAAAGUAUUUUAUGAUGAGUUUAGAUUGAUUGCCAUCAAAAUUAAACAAAAAAUAAAGUGUUCUGUUUUUAGACAGUACACACGAAAUUCGACAACGAACGGCGUUAGGCCGAGAGAUAAUGGAAGUAGAGAGACGACAGAAAAGAGAGAUGGUGCUUGCUGCCCGGUCAAAGAAAUGUGUAGAAAGAGCAUUACAGGUAAAUGUUUUUAAAAUUUAAGGUUGAAGAUCAAGAUGGAGCAAAACGUAAUCAUAAUGUAAAAAGUCUAAAUGAUAUUGUUUACAACAUACCAUAAGUAAGAGGCUAUAUUCUCAAUAUUGUGCUUUGUUUCAGCGGCUAAUGGAGUACCAGUGCAACAUGAUGAUACUGGAUAAGAUGACAAUAAAGAUGAUAGACAAGUGUUAUCACGUUAUCACAAAAAACGAAGCCGGGUUUGAAGCAAUUAAAUUUAAAUUAACGAACGAUGAGUUGCAAUUGGGUAAGGUCGCUUUGCUCAUACAGAUAUUAUAUUAUACAUGUAUUUUAAAAUUAAAUAAAUGUUUUUAAAAGUUUAUUUAGUAUCAGCAUAUAAUAAAACCUUCAGUAUGCUUUACAUUAUUCGAAUUUCAGUAGAAGACCAGGCCGCCGAGUACGUUGAGCCCUGGUCCUUCUCUGAUUCUAUACUAUUUUCUUUUACCAUAAUCACAACGAUAGGCUAUGGUAAUCUAGCUCCUCGAACGUUUCACGGUCGUUUAUUUUGUAUUUUAUACGCUCUGAUUGGAAUACCGUUUACAUUACUGGCAAUCGCUGACCUUGGCAAGUUCUUUUCUGAGCUGAUCGAGACCUUCAACUACUAUUCCAGGAAGACAAAACGGUAGGACUUGAACUACUUGUGUUUGAAAAAAUCUUUUUUUUUUUUUUUUUUAACGUUAAGAUUCAUUUUUAAUCUGUUUUUCUUUAAAACUGCCCUAAAAGCGCAUCUUAUCCAUGUUGAAUUCAGGAAACUGCGCCGACUGUACAGAAAGAAACGAGGCUACGAGUUCGGGUCUGUCAUGUCGCUGACCAAGUCAUCAAUGAAGGACGAUGAGGUUGCAUCGUUGGAGAACGGUGAAGUCACGAAAUCAAUAGAAGAAGAGGAAGAACAGCCGGAAGAAAAGAAGUCAGAAGGAGAAUCAGAGGACGAUGAUCAACCGAUCAGCCACGGUCUUCCUUUGCUAGCCAUCUUCGUUGUCUAUUCUUUUACGGGUGCCUUGUUAAUGUCAGCUUACGAGCCGGACAUGAGCUUCUUCAAGGCCAUCUACUUCAACUUUAUCACCUUGACGUCGAUAGGGUUAGGUGAUGUUGUACCUAAAAGUGAAUCUUUUAUGGUCGUGACCUUACUUUACAUUGCUAUAGGGCUGGCUCUGACUACCAUAGCUAUCGACAUUGCUGCUGAUUACUUGAAGAAGUUGCAUUACUACGGGCGGAAGAUCGAGAACGUCGGGAACGUUGUCAUAUGGUUCGGCGGGAAAACGUAAGGUUUGAGUUAUUUUAAUAUAAAAGUGUUGGUUUUAUGCUAAAAUAUAACUUAUAGAUGCUUUUACAAACAAUUUUUGUAAAUGAUUUUCUAGACUGACAAUGAAGCAGUUAGUGAAAAACCUCGGAGACCAGUUCAACCUUCCUGUUAACACCAUAGACAACUUGAAUCUAGACAAGUUCGUAGACGAUGCCAUCAAAGUAGAAGACGGUGAACUGGAAACCUUAAGACCGCCCCCAAUAGAACCCGAGGACAUACUGAUGGAGAGUGAAGUUGGCUUCGCUGACGAUGAAACAGAGCCUUGGGAGCCCAUGAAGACGCCGACUCCUUCUCCGACUCCAGAACCAUCUCCAGAGCCUCCGAAGGAACCAACGCCAGAACCGCCGCCGGAACCAACUCCUGAACCAACUCCGAAGCCGUCUCGAGAACCUACUCCAGAACCACCACCUCGAGAACCUACUCCAGAACCUGAGCCAGCACCGUCACCACCAGCAGGUAAGUAGCAUUUAAAGAUUGUGAAGAUUACGGUAAUGUUACAGUACUCUCGGCAGAAGAAUUGGCUGCUCAGAAAAGGAAAGCGUACAGCGAGGAGGCUUGGAGAAGGUACCAAGAGUACCAAAAGGUUAGUUUUCGUUAUAAAACCGUGAAAUAUAUAUGUAUAUUAUCAAACUUUUUGUAGUUUUCGUGUAUGUUAAUACAUAUGGAUAUACAGUAAUGUUAUAAGCUUAGUUUUUUAAAUUUACAAGCUGUUAAAACCCACAAACAUGUUUAGCAAUGGAAAAAGUUCCGCCAAACGCAGUUUGUGAAUCCGGCUACAGGACGUCGACGAUCUUCAACUCGAUCUCAGCUAAAAUCAGAAGCCAGUUUAGAACAACUUCCUACAACGUCAAGUGCAUCGUCGAGUAAGGCGUCGCCUUCGACCAGUCAAACCAAGAUUCAAGUGAGCCAGUCCAAGACGGCUGUCAGAAAGACUGUCACUAAGGUAAACCGAGUCAAACGGUAA